AUGAACUCAAUAGUUCUGAUAUUUUUUCUGUUAAAUUUACAAUGUGCAUCCGGGAAAAAGAAUGUGUUAUUCAUUGUUGCAGACGAUCUUAGACCGGAUAUCGGUGUCUAUAGAAAGAAUUACCAGACUCAGAUUUACACGCCUAAUUUGGACAGCUUAGCAUCGAAAAGUUUACUUUUAAAAAAGGCAUAUGUUCAACAAGCAUUCUGCUCUCCUAGUCGCACAUCUUUCCUCACAGGUCGCAGACCAGAUACAACUCACGUCUACGACCUGAAACGUUAUUUUCGCGACGUUGGUGGAAAUUUUACAACGAUUCCUCAGUAUUUCAAGGAGAAUGGCUACCGAACAAUCGGAAUGGGUAAAAUUUUUCAUCCUGGAAUUCGUGCUUCUAGUAACGACGAUCCCAUUUCAUGGACAGAGCCGUAUUUCCACGUCGAAGAUAUUGAACAAUACGAAACCAAGAACGUCAGUUGGCGCUCAGUUCCAAAAAGUGAAUAUCAAAAUUUGUCUUUACCAGAUUCGAAACUUGCAGAUCAUGCCAUCGAAGUGUUACGAUACAUUGGUCCAGCAAGUCGCUUGGACGACAAACCAUUCUUUGUGGCCAUAGGAUUCAAUAAACCACAUCUUCCUUUUGUUUUUCCGGAGGAGUUUCUAACCUUUUAUCAAAAUGAUAGUAUCCAUAUACCCAAUAAUGGUUUUAUACCACAAGGCAUGCCUUACAUUGCGUGGCAUAAAUACUGGGAACUGAUGAAUUAUAGAGAUAUCAAAUCUUUAAAUGUUACUGGAAAUCCAAACACCACUAUCCCUAUUCAUGUGAUACAAGACUUGACCCGGGCAUACUACACUUCAGUAUCUUACAUUGAUUUUGAGAUCGGAAGAAUCCUUCAGGAAUUGGAUGAUCUGGGAUUAAGUAACAAUACCAUCGUGUCUUUCAUUGGUGAUCAUGGUUAUCAGCUAGGUGAACAUGGAGAAUGGUGUAAACACACGAACUUUGAGGAAUCCAUCCAUGCUCCGAUGAUGAUACGAAUUCCCGGCAGAACAGAUAAUGGUGUUGUAUCAAACAGACUUAAAUCUUUUCUAUAUAUAGCAGUGUCUCAAGAGAACCUUCUUAGGUUGACCGAUAAGGGCAUUGUUACUGAGAAACUGACGGAGUUUGUGGACCUCUUUCCUACUUUGGUAGAAGCUGCUGGUCUACAGCAAAUGGAUAUUUGUCCGGAAGAUUCGUCGAAAAUAGCACUCUGCAGAGAGGGAACGAGUUUAAUGCCACUUAUACGCAACCCGUCUCUAUCUUGGAAGCCUGCAGUAUUUUCACAAUAUCCAAGAUAUCAAAACAAAACUCAUAUUAUGGGUUAUACCAUAAGAACUGAUCGUUUUAGAUAUACAGAGUGGCCAGAGUUUACCGGACCCCCCAACUAUAAACCAGUAUGGACAAAUCUGUUUGGUACUGAACUAUACGAUCAUGUAACCGAUCCCGAAGAAAAUUACAGUCGUGCAAAUGAUCCUUCCUAUGCUCAAAUCAGGACAGAAUUGAGUGCUCGAUUACAUUCUGGAUGGCGUAACAGCCAGCCGUCUAUUUCCUAA